GGUGCUUGGCCUUGUGGUCCCGGAUAUUGUGGUUCAGAGUCUGUUUCUAUUCCUCUUGUACCUUUUGGUUCUCUUUCCAGCCUGCGAAAGCGUUCGACCGCUCAGAGAACAACGGAGCAACCACUGGUAUUCAGACCUUCCACCUUCCUUGAAAAGACACCCGAGAUGGCGAAGAUAAUGAACAACGCCAACACCCUGCGCAAAGCGCUCAAUACGGGGUCUGGCCUAUCUUUUGGUGCCUGGCAAAUGCUGCCCGGGUCAUACCUCUCCAGGACCAUUGCCAGAGCGGGCUUCGACUGGGUCUGCAUUGACUGCGAGCAUGGAAACAUUGCAGACAACGAGAUGCACGAGUCUGUCCACGCCCUCGCCUCAGUAAACGUCAGCCCCAUCGUCCGUAUACCAGCGAACGAAGGUUGGAUGGUCAAGCGUGCUCUGGAUGCCGGCGCACACGGAAUUAUCGUCCCCCUCUUGACCAGUGUCGACGACGCGAAGAAGUUGGUUCAGACUGCCAAAUUCCCACCGUAUGGAAAGAGAGGGUUCGGUAGCCCAUUCUCCAUGGGCUCUUUUGAGGUCCAAGGAAACUUGUCCGGCUUUGACUAUAUGACGAAUGCCAACGACAACCUCCUGACAAUCGUACAAAUUGAGACCAAGGAGGCGUUGGACAGCGUCGAGGAGAUUGCCAGGGUAGACGGAAUCGACGUUCUUUUCAUCGGUCCUUGGGAUCUGGGAAACAACAUCGGCCAUCCGGUCACAGGAGACUUCAGCCCAGAAUUGCAAAAGGCCAUUGCCAGGAUUCUGAAGGCGGCUCAAGAUGCAGGCAAGAAGUCGGGUAUUUACUGUCCGUCAGGCGAAUUUGCCAGAAGAUAUGCGGACAUGGGUUUCCAGAUGAUUUCCGUGGUGAACGAUAUGACUGCAGUUCCAACAUUUAUGGCCGACUCCUUAUCAAAAGCGAAAGGGUCAUAUGGCCAUGCCGCUGCGCAGGCUGUCAAAGGAGCUGCAUAUGGCGCAGUCAACUUGGCGACCGGGGAGAAAUAGAAAUUCAGACAGCCCAAGCAUUAAAUCGAAGACUGUUCCACC